UGUACCGUUUCACAACAAACGGAUAGGGAGACGCGUCUGAAGAACUCCGCUGUUAACGUUUAUUUCCUUACAUCGCAAUGAAAUGAGGGGAGCAUGGGGGCCAAAGAGUCGAGGAUAGGAUUCCUGUCGUAUGACGAGGCCGUCAAGAGAGUCACCGAUGUGGAACUGAAGCGGCUGAAAGAUGCCUUCAAGAGAACCAGCGGCGUCUCCUGUUACAUGACCCAGCAGUGCUUCUACAGGGAAGUACUGGGAGAUGGAGUUCCCCCUAAAGUUGCCGAGGUGAUCUACACAUCAUUCGGAGGCUCGUCCAAAGGGCUGCACUUUAACAAUCUGAUCGUGGGUCUGGUGCUUCUGACCCGAGGACGCGAUGAGGAAAAGGCCAAGUACCUCUUCAGCCUGUUUGCCAGCGAUCUGGGCGGAUAUGCAGCCAGGGAAGAUAUAGAAGCAGUUCUGCAGGUCCUGGAUGGAGAAGUCCCUGCCUCCCUCAGGAAGUGCUUCAGUGAGGUUGACAAGGUGAACUAUGAGCGUUUCAGGAACUGGCUCCUGCAGAACAAAGAGGCUUUCACUUUGUCCAGAUGGCUCCUGUCCGGAGGAGUGUGUGUCACGCUCACGGAUGACAGCGACACACCCACCUUCUACCAGACCCUGGCUGGCGUCACACACUUGGAGGAGUCUGACAUUAUAGACUUGGAGAAGCGCUACUGGCUGCUGAAAGCUCAGUCCAGGACCGGCCGCUUUGACUUGGAAACUUUCACACCGCUGGUCUCUCCUCCCAUCCACUCCUCACUGAAUGAAGGCUUGUUUCAUGCCUUCGAUGAGAAUCGGGACAAUCACAUUGACUUUAAAGAGAUCUCUUGUGGGCUCUCUGCAUGCUGCAGGGGGCCUGUCGCCGAAAGGCAGAAAUUUUGCUUCAAAGUGUUCGAUGUGGACCGAGACGGGAUCCUGUCUCGAGAUGAACUCCAUGAAAUGGUCGUGGCCUUGCUGGAGGUGUGGAAGGAUAAUCGCACAGACAUACUCCCUGAGCUGCACAGUAGUGUGUCAGACAUAGUAGAGGGCAUCCUGAAGAUGCAUGACACGACCAAGCUGGGUCACCUGACCCUGGAGGACUACCAGAUCUGGAGUGUGAAGAGCGCUUUGGCCAACGAGUUCCUCAACCUGCUUUUCCAGGUUUGCCACAUAGUUCUGGGGCUCAGGCCUGCUACUCCUGAAGAGGAGGGACAGAUCAUCAGGGGUUGGUUAGAGAGAGAGAGCAGACAUGGGCUGCAGCAAGGCCAGAACUGGUUCCUCAUCUCCAUGGUGUGGUGGCAGCAGUGGAAGGACUAUGUUAAAUACGGCAGUCCCUGCUGUUGUCUCCCUGUCCAGGAGCAUAAGGGCAUCGUGGUGGAGCAGCCGUCCAUCCUGAGCUCGCUGCGGACUCCGAUGGCCACGGCCACCAUAGAGCCCGCCCCUCCAGACAGACUGGUAGGACUGGGAGCCAUCAGCCCCGUCAGCCCCACGGAGGAGAGGUCACCUGAUGCUGUGUCCAGCGCCUCAGAGGCUACAGAGACAGCAGCCCUGAGCCCACAGGUAGCUCCCUCCGCCACAGAGAGCUGUUUCGCCCGUCAGCACAACGUAUCGGACAAUAACAAUCAGUGUUUUUCUGGAGCCAACGGUCAUCUCCCCUCCCAGCUGGCAGCACAAAGACCUGGAGCCAUCGACAACCAGGCUCUGGUCAACACCGACCCCAUGAAGGCCCCUACGUUAACCAUGGAGGGAGGAAGGCUGAAGCGAUCCCUGCAGCUGGUACCAGGUCGAGACUUUGAGACGAUGCCAGAGCCGGUGUGGCGGGCACUUUACCACUGGUACGGAGCCAACCUCAGCCUGCCACGACCGGUAAUCCUAGACAGCAAGACAGCCAAAGCAGAACUGGAGCUCUUCCCCCGCUACCUCCUCUUCCUUCGCCAGCAGCCGGCCACACGCUCCCCCCAGUCCAACAUCUGGGUCAAUAUGGCAGGUAAUGUUCCAUCCCCGAACGCCCCCCUGAAGAGGGUGUUGGCCUACACGGGCUGCUUCAGCCGCAUGGGCACCAUCAAGGACAUCCACCUGUACCUGUCCCAGAGGCUCCGCAUCAAAGAGGAGGACAUGAGACUCUGGCUCUACAACAGUGAGAACUACCUCACCCUCCUGGACGAUGAAGAUCACACUCUGGAAAGUCUGAAGAUCCAGGAUGAGCAGCAGCUGGUUAUUGAGGUCAGAAACAAAGACAUGAGCUGGCCAGAGGAAAUGUCCUUCAUUGCCAACAGUAGCAAAAUGGACAGACACAAAGUUCCUACAGAGAAAGGAGCCACUGGCCUCAGUAACCUUGGCAACACCUGCUUCAUGAACUCCAGCAUCCAGUGCGUGAGCAACACCAAGCCUCUCACAGACUACUUCAUCUCAGGGCGACACCUCUAUGAGCUCAACAGAACCAACCCCAUCGGGAUGAGAGGUCACAUGGCCAAGUGUUACGGCGACCUGGUGAUGGAGCUGUGGAGCGGGACGCAGAAGAACGUGGCUCCACUUAAACUCAGGUGGACGAUAGCAAAGUAUGCCCCUCGCUUCAACGGCUUCCAGCAGCAGGACUCCCAGGAGCUGCUGGCCUUCCUGCUGGACGGCCUCCAUGAAGAUCUGAACCGGGUCCACGAGAAGCCCUACGUGGAGCUGAAGGACAGCGACGGUCGGCCCGACUGGGAGGUGGCCUCUGAGGCGUGGGAGAACCACCUGCGUAGGAACCGCUCCAUCGUGGUGGAUCUGUUCCACGGUCAGCUCAAGUCCCAGGUGAAGUGUAAGACCUGCGGCCACAUCAGCGCCCGCUUCGACCCCUUCAACUUCCUGUCUCUGCCUCUUCCCAUGGACAGCUCCAUGCAUCUGGAGAUCACUGUCAUUAAAUUGGACGGCUCCACGCCUGUGCGCUACGGCCUGAGGUUAAACAUGGAUGAGAAGUACACAGGACUGAAGAAACAGCUGAGUGAACUGUGCAGCCUGAAGCCUGAGCAGAUCCUCCUCGCUGAGGUCCAUACCUCCAACAUCAAGAACUUUCCCCAGGACAACCAGAAGGUUCGUCUGUCUGUCAACGGUUUCCUGUGUGCUUUUGAGGUUCCGGUGCCAGGUUCCCCAACAUCACUGAGCUCGCCCACGCUGACAGACGUCACUCCAAUAGCCAAUGGCUCAGCUGCUAAUGGGCACGUGGUCAAUAAGCCUGUCCUCAUCCCAAACGGUGGACCCAGCACUGUGGUACCCUUCAGUCCGGAGACACCCCUGGCCAACGGGGUCGCCAACGGUCACAUCACACCAGUACAAGAGAGCCCCUUCAUAGGAUACAUCAUCGCCAUGCACAGGAAGAUGAUGCGCACAGAGCUGUACUUCCUGUCAUCUCAGAAGAACCGGCCCAGUCUGUUCGGCAUGCCGCUCAUCGUUCCCUGCACUGUCCACACCAGUAAGAAAGAUCUGUACGAUGCUGUCUGGAUCCAGGUGUCCAGACUGGCCAGCCCACUUCCCCCACAGGAAGCCAGCAACCAUGCACAGGACUGUGAUGACAGUAUGGGCUACCAGUACCCAUUCACUUUACGGGUGGUGGGUAAGGAUGGCAACUCAUGUGCCUGGUGCCCUUGGUACAGGUUCUGUAGAGGCUGUACAGUAGAGUGUACAGAGGACAGAGCCUCUGUAGGAAACGCUUAUAUAGCUGUGGACUGGGACCCUACCGCACUGCACCUCCGCUACCAGACCUCUCAGGAGAGGAUCGUAGAGGAGCAUUGCAGUGUGGAACAGUCCCGCCGGGCGCAGGCUGAGCCCAUCAGUCUGGACAGCUGUCUGAAAGCCUUCACCAGCGAGGAGGAGCUGGGCGAGGACGAGCUCUACUACUGCUCCAAGUGUAAGACCCACCGACUAGCCACCAAGAAGCUGGACCUCUGGAGGCUGCCACCCAUCCUGAUUGUCCACCUAAAGCGCUUCCAGUUUGUCAACGGUCGCUGGAUCAAGUCCCAGAAGAUUGUCAAGUUUCCACGAGAGAAUUUUGACCCCAGCGCCUUCCUGGCUCCCAGAGACAUUGAGGUGUACUGCCUUCACUCCCGCAGCGAGAGUGAGGAUCUGCUGAGGGUCGGAGAAGACAACCUGUCCUCCAUCUCUGCCCCUGCCGGCUUCUGCAACCUCCCCAAAGCCUCCCCCGCCUCUAGCAGGAAGUCAGCGCCUUCCCUGAGCCGGACCAGUAGCCCCUCCAGCAGCCCCAAGACCAGCAGCGGAGGUCGCAGGCCAGGCCGGCUACGCCUGCCCCAGCUGGGCAGCAAACACCGCCUCUCCAACAGCAAGGAGAACUUAGAGGGAGUCGCUAACGCCAGCGAGGCCGAGCUACGGGACGGCUCGACGCAGGCGGACAGCGAGGGCAGCGCGGCGGCGGCAGCGGAGGGUCUCCACGGGUCAGGAGAGGCGCUGGCGUCAGAAUCAUUGUGCAACACGACGGAGGCGUCCAGCAGCCACUGUGACGUGGUGCUGAUGAACGGAGACAGUAACGGGCUCAGCUCAGACUGCAGCACAGAGAGCAGCAUGGACCCUGAUAACUCACUGCUGCAGCACAGAGACAACAUGGGUCUGGACGCCAUCUAUAACCUCUAUGCAAUAUCAUGCCAUUCAGGAAUCAUGGGAGGAGGCCACUAUGUGACGUAUGCCAAAAACCCCAAUGAGAAAUGGUACUGUUACAAUGACAGCAGCUGUAAGGAAUUGCACUCUGAGGAGAUAGACACAGACUCGGCCUACAUCCUCUUCUACGAGCAGCAGGGGGUGGACUACUCCCAGUUCCUGCCAAAGAUCGACGGCAAGAAGAUGGCCGACACCAGUAGCAUGGACGAAGACUUUGAGUCCGACUACAAGAAAUACUGUGUCCUCCAGUGACCGCACCUUUGUCUUCCAUCAGCCAGCACUACAAACAACCCCCCCCCCCCCCCCCCGCUCUCCCUUACCCCCGCACCUUCCCACCUAGAAGCACCCGAGUUUAGACAGAGCGGCCAUGCUCUCUCGUCUCUUUAGGGGAAGCGUCGCAUCACUUUCUACACUUGAAACAUUGAAAAAACAAACAGUUGAAACAUGGAUUGAGUGCAAACGUUUGCCAAGACAACAAUGAAGCCCCGGUAAAAGCACUAAAAAAUUGGUGCACUUUGCUGAGCCCGACAAAACAAAACCCCACUCCCCCCUCCUCCUCUUCUUCCUCCCCCCUGCCAUAACAUAACAUGUAACAUAUACUUGCAUACUCACACAUCUCUGAAUGUAUGCCAGUACAGCCCUAAGUCAUGAAGUGAUGUUGCUUCGUUCUGAUGCAUUGAUCACUUGUGAUGUCACAGACUUGAGUCCAGGUGUAAAUGCAAAACCAGUGAUUGGAUACAGGUUGAGUUUUAAAAUGCAAGGUGUUAAAACAAGCCUGAGUGUCACAUCUGAUGCCACAGCUCAGCAAUGAUGUUGAAAUGCGGUUUCUAUUCAGAUAGUAUUGGAUAGUGUAACAAGCUUUUUUUUUAAAGGAAAAAAAAAGG